CGUUCACAGUCAGGAAGUCAUGUCCAGAUCGGGUGAUAGAACAUCCACCUUUGACCCAACACACAGUGACACCCUGCUGCACGGGCUCAACCUCUUAUGGAGAAAACAGCUUUUCUGUGAUGUGACUCUCACGGCCCAGGGACAGCAGUUUCACUGCCACAAAGCUGUGCUGGCAUCCUGCUCCCAGUAUUUCAGAUCCCUCUUCUCUUCCCACAAUAUCAUCAACAAUGAGGGGAGCAAAGUGGACCAAGGCAGCAGUGGGACCCCUUCAUCCUCUCCUGACGACAAGAGGGUGACCCCCAGUGCCAGGCCCAUCAAUAACCUGGUACUCCAGGGCUGCUCCUCCAUUGGACUACGAUUAGUGCUGGAGUACCUGUACACUGCCAACGUGACUCUUUCCCUGGACACGGUGGAAGAGGUGCUGUCAGUCAGCAAGAUCCUCAAUAUCCCCCAGAUUACCAAGCUCUGUGUGCAGUUCCUCAACGACCAGAUCUCUGUGCAGAACUACAAGCAGAUCUGCAAGAUUGCCGCACUCCAUGGACUGGAUGAGACCAAGAAAUUGGCCAACAAGUACCUGGUGGAGGAUGUUCUGCUGCUGAACUUUGAGGAGAUGUGCGCCAUGCUAGACGCUCUGCCACCCCCUGUGGAGUCAGAGCUGGCUCUUUUCCAGAUGUCAGUCCUCUGGCUGGAGCAUGACCGGGAGACUCGCAUGCACUAUGCGCCGGACCUUAUGAAGAGGCUGCGCUUCGCCCUCAUACCUGCUCCAGAGCUGGUGGAGAGGGUGCAGUCUGUUGACUUUAUGAGGACUGACCCUGUGUGCCAAAAGCUUCUCCUGGAUGCCAUGAACUACCACCUGAUGCCCUUCAGACAGCACUGCAGGCAGACCACGUCAAGCAGAAUCCGUUCCAAUAAGAGGAUGCUGUUACUGGUGGGUGGUUUGCCUCCUGGACCUGAUCGUCUCCCCAGCAAUUUGGUCCAGUUCUAUGACGACGAAAAAAAGACAUGGAAGAUCCUCACAAUAAUGCCUUACAACAGCGCCCAUCACUGCGUGGUGGAGGUGGAGAACUUCAUCCUGCUGCUGGGCGGAGAGGACCAGUGGAACCCCAACGGAAAGCACAGCACUCACUUUGUCAGCCGCUAUGAUCCCAGAUUCAACAGUUGGAUACAGUUACCUCCGAUGCAGGAGAGGAGAGCCAGUUUCUUUGCCUGCCGCAUGGAGAAACACCUGUACGUGGUUGGUGGUAGGAACGAAAGCGGCUACCUCUCCAGCGUUGAGUCCUACAACCUGGAGACCAACGAGUGGACCUACCUGUCGCCUCUGCCGCAGCCGCUGGCCGCCCAUGCAGGGGCCGUGCACAACGGCAAGAUCUACAUAUCAGGAGGAGUGCACAAUGGAGAGUAUGUGUCCUGGCUCUACUGUUAUGACCCUAUAAUGGACGUGUGGGCGAGGAAACAGGAUAUGAACACAAAGCGUGCCAUUCAUGCCCUGGCAGUAAUGAAUGACCGCCUAUAUGCUAUUGGUGGAAACCAUUUGAAAGGUAAGCACUCGUGCGCUUCAGGAAAUUAA